AUGUUCUCUCAGGAACUGUGGCUGGAAAAUGAGAGAAAAUGUGCUGUGGUUCGGAAGGCCAAGCCGGGCAGGAAGCGCCAAGAGCUGCUGGCCAUUGCAUUUGGGGUAAAGGUGGGACUCAGAGGUGCCUUUCUGUGGUCUCCUCUCAAGCUCUUUGCUUGUUCACAGAUCUCCUCGCUCGUCCGAAGAGCUGCCCUCACACACAACGACAACCACUUCAACUAUGAGAAGACACACAACUUCAAGGUGCACACAUUCCGAGGCCCACACUGGUGUGAAUACUGUGCCAAUUUCAUGUGGGGGCUCAUCGCCCAAGGAGUUCGGUGUUCAGAUUGUGGGUUAAACGUACACAAACAGUGCUCCAAGCAUGUCCCCAACGACUGCCAGCCUGAUCUCAAGAGGAUCAAGAAAGUGUACUGUUGUGACCUCACCACGCUUGUGAAAGCUCAUAAUACCCAGAGACCCAUGGUGGUAGACAUAUGUAUUCGGGAAAUUGAAGCAAGAGGAUUAAAGUCGGAAGGGAUUUACAGAGUCUCUGGGUUCACAGAACACAUUGAAGAUGUCAAGAUGGCAUUUGACAGAGAUGGUGAAAAGGCCGAUAUCUCUGCUAACAUCUACCCAGACAUAAACAUCAUCACUGGAGCCCUGAAACUGUACUUCAGAGAUUUACCCAUCCCAGUCAUCACAUACGACACCUAUUCCAAAUUUAUAGAGGCAGCGAAAAUCGCCAAUGCGGAUGAGAGGCUGGAAGCUGUCCAUGAGGUCCUGAUGCUGCUGCCUCCUGCCCACUAUGAGACCCUGCGAUACCUGAUGAUCCACCUCAGAAAGGUUACUAUGAAUGAAAAGGACAAUUUGAUGAACGCAGAGAAUCUGGGGAUCGUGUUCGGGCCUACCCUGAUGAGACCCCCCGAGGACAGCACCCUCACCACCCUCCAUGACAUGCGGUACCAAAAGUUGAUUGUGCAGAUUUUAAUAGAAAACGAAGACGUUUUGUUCUAAUCCAUCAGGGAAAUGAGCUGGUAUCGCUAAUGGAAUAAAAACAUUUCUUACACUUGA